AGUGUGGUAUUAGUACUUUUACUGCAGUAAAGGAUCUGAGUACUCCACCCCCUCUGACAGGUGGCAGCAGGAGGCUCCUCCCACCUGAUCCUCCUCUCUGAGCUCCUGGACACCUGUCCUCACUCACCACUCGCAGCGCAGCAGAGACACAAACACACAGGUGAACUCAGGAGCCAUGUUGGCCCUCUUGGCUGCCGGCUCCGUCUUCUUCCCUGGACUUUUCAUGGUGUCCAAGAAGACUCUGAAACACACGAGGGGAUGGAGGGAGGGGGACGCUGCCAUCGUAUCUGCACGUCUGGUGUCGUCAGUCCAAGCCGUCAUGGCCUCAUCCGCCGGAUGUGUCAUCGCCUCGUCCUGCAGGGACGUCUUGGAGGACCGUCAUUGGCUGACGGAAACCUACAUCCUGUUUGCCACGCCUUACUUUGCCUACGACAUCUACGCCAUGUUCCUGUGUUACUGGCACAAGCUGCAGGUCAAAGGUCACGAGGAGGAGGAGGAGGCGGGCGGCGGCGGCAGGUCGGUGGGUGCUGCUGUGGCCGGUUACCUGCGCAGAGAGCUGCUCAUGGUGCUGCAUCACGUCUUCAUGGUGGCCUUCUGCUUCCCCGCCUCACUGCUGUGGAGGCAGGGUAAAGGGGAUUUCUUCCAGGGCGUUUUGUUUCUGGCCGAGCUCAGCACGCCGUUCGUCUGUCUGGGGAAAGUCCUGAUCCAGUACCAGAAGCAGCACACUCUGCUGCACAAAGUCAACGGGGGCCUCAUGCUGCUGUCCUUCUUCACCUGUCGGGUGUUACUCUUCCCGUACCUGUACUACGCCUACAGCAGGUAUGCAUCCAUCCCGGUGUACACGGUGCCGCUGGUGGCCCCGUGGCAGUGUAACCUGGGGGCCGCUCUGCUGUGGCCCCUCCAGCUCUAUUGGUUCACGCUGAUCUGCAGAGGAGCUCUCCGCCUGUUCGUCACAGGACGCUCAAAAUCACCGCCGCCGACUUCUAAAGCCGACCACGCCGGCUGCUCGACCGCGAGUAACGGCUGCACGUCUCAUAAGGGGGACAGACGCUGAGGCGGGAGAGGAAGAAGAAGAAGACUUCAGUAUUAGUCCGAACAAAGAGGACAGAGCGGGAGAGGAUGAGAGGAGCUCUGAAGGAGAGUUUCAAAUGGAAGGAAGGAGAAAAGUCUGAGAAACUCUGACUGAUGACUGAAAUGAAGAACAUCACAAGUCCAUCGUGAACAAGUUUGACCAGAUGAAGAACUGAGAGAAAUCAGCUCUAAGAAUUAAUUUACAUUUUACACAGAGAGUACAGGUCUUUCUCUAUAAGCAGCCCGAUCAUCAGUCUGUGUACCAAUAACAUGACAUUAGACUUUCAAAUUGCAUUCAAGUCCAGUUUUGCAUGCUUCACUGAGGCCCCGUCCACUCUACUCCGGUUUAGUCUACAAACAAGGAAUUAAAACGAAUACGAUCUCGUAUCAGAGUUGAUCCCCGUCUACAGUAAAACGUCUGAAAACGCACAUCUAGUGGUGCGUUCAGGCACACUGGGCAUGCGCGUGCCCAGUGUGCCUGAACGCCCAUGGUCUAUUCAGUAGUUACAGAAGAUUUGGAGAAAGAAUAAAGUACUACAGACACACCGGAUUUUAUUUUUGCAUGGACCAAUAACGAGCUGGGACUGUUACUGGCUGUAACACGGGAGUUAAAAAGGAAAAACAGACUGGGAGUCGUCGCAAAGUAAACGGCGACAUGUGUAAAAUAAGUGUUGUUUGCACCGUACAGACUGUUUUAUCAAAAACUCUAUCAGCAGCAUCGUGUUUCUGCUUUGCAUGACUUAUGAGAGCCAAUCAGAGAGCCGAGCAUCUGUAUCAUCGUUUCUUAAGUCCUCCGUUUGUGCCCGUCUUCACUAAAACGCCCUCCGGAGUUUUCAAAGGAAAAACGGGGUUCGGCAGCGUUUUCAAACUUCUCCAUUAUAGGUCUUCGUUUUUGCCGUUUUCAUCUGGACGGGAUGUGCAAACAUAGCAAAAGGUCUCUGUUUUAAAACCAAAACGCAGUAGUGUGGAUGGAGCCUGAGAGCAUUUGCAGGAGGCCCUGAUCACAUUUACAUAUUCACACCUGGAACCUGUCCAGUACUGGCCGCUGAGCAGUUGGGGUUAUGGGCCUUUGCUCAAGGGUACCUCAGUGGUGGUAAAUGAGGGACGGCAAGCGCUGUUUGUUUUACUUUCCACACCCGGAUUUUAUCCUGCCAGUCCGGGGAUUGAACCGGCGACCUCCUGGUUCUCUAACCGUUGGGCCACCGCUGGCCAAUAUGCUCCCCCGUGUAGCCGUAACGGCAGGCUGUAAUUCAAAAAUAGCCCACGACACCAGUCAGCUAAAUCGGACUUCCGCGCAAUUUUAAAUGUAAAAGUCGUGUUAUUAUGCAAACCUGUGAAGACACACAGCAAACUGUUUUUGAGCAGUGUAAAAUCAAUAUUGAGUGAUUUUAUCAGCAGACACAGGAAGGACAGGACUUUUUUCUUGUUCAAAACAGGAAAAUGUGUGUCUGCGAUUCAUUUCAGGACGAUAGAAUUUCACCAACCUGAUUACAAAGACGCUGUGAAUAUUAACAGGUUUUUAAAAGCAGGGGUGUCAAAACUUUCAAGUGGUUCAGCUAAUUGACUAAAAUUAUUUAACAGAUCUCAAAACGUCUCACAUUCUGUCCAGAUCAUUAAUUUGUUGUUUGUAUUUGACUGAUUAAAGUGUAAUUAAAACGACUUCAAAUGCAGCUGUUGUUUUGUUUUGUUCUUCUUCUUGUCUCUGACGUAUUGAAACUGGGAAGAGGACAGGAUUUAAAACACCCUGCAUCAUUUGAUUCUGUCUGUUUGGAGUUUUUUCCACCAUCAAAGUACUUUUUAAAGGAACUGUUCUUAUGUAUGACCGCAUCAUGUCAAGUAUUUUUACAUGUUCAGACUGACAUUUGUCUUUUUGCUGGUGUUCGGUGUCAAUCCUCCGAGCAGCUGCUCAAAAGUUUUUAUUAACUCCUUCAAGGAAGUUGUGUUUCUUCUGCUAUUUGAAAGUAGGAAAAAGGGAAGGUAGAAAGGUGCAGAGCCAGGGUGGUUCAAUCAGAUCCUAAGAAAGUAAAGACAUUGACUUCAGUAUGAGUCCGAACAAAGAGGACAGAGCAGGAGAGGGUGAGAGGAGCUCUGAAGCAGAGUUUCAAAUGGAAUGAAGGAGAAAAGUCUGAGAAACUCUGACUGAAAUGAAGAACAUCACCAUGGUGAACAAGUUUGACCAGAUGAAGAACUGAGAGAAAUCAGCUCUAAGAAAUCAAUUUACAGUUUGACAUGUGGACACAGAGAGCAGGUCUCUCUCUAUAACCAGCCUUCUCUUAUCAGUCUGUGCAUGUAAGUCCAGUUUUGCCUGCAGGUGACAUACAUGUGUGUG